ACUCGGCCGACCGUUGAGCGGGAAACAUUCAAUCCAAGUGCUCUCCUCUUCUAAGCGUUUCAGUGUUACAGUAGAGUAUACUAGGAAUGUUACUCUAUAGAAAACGGAAGCUAACACAAACUUCUUAUCAGUGCGUCGCCUCUCUGCUGUAGUGAAUAGACGGAAGUUUUUCUUAGUGAAUGGAAUGUGUGAAUGAGCGUUUGCGGAAACAUUUGAGUGAAAUUUGUUGUUUUCGCAGCAUUUAGUGAAUAUCGAAUAGACUUCAAAACAUUAUUUUGAAGCAUUAAUUGGACCUAGUUCUGAACGUUUCAAAUGCGCGACGGUUUGGCCACAGCAAAGUGCUUUUUGAAGAUAAUUACUUAUGCAGAUGUAACAAUCACAACUGACAUCAUUUUGUAGGAGAAGGAGUCGAAAUUCACACCGAAAGUUCAUCGCUAUCACCACAAAUUCCAGCCAUGGGCCCGACGCCACUCUGUCUGCUAGUGGCGAUUACGGCGUUACUCAGCAGCACGUGGCCGGCCGGCUUGGCGACUGCGCAAUCAACAAGCGACGAACCCACUUUUAAAACAACAACGCUCAACGCGGGAACCUCCGAGGACUAUCAAGAGUACGAUGACGAUUCGGCGGCGCCAGCACCACAAGACCUGCCCCCUCCUGGCUUAUCAGUAAUGAGUCACAUUACCCUCGACGAAGACCCAAAGUUCAAGACGAGUGGAGCUGCAGACGAAGCCGCCGCCGCCGUCAGUGCGAGCAACGAAAUUCUGCGCUCGGAGAACUCUGUUAUCAAGGUCAAGGUUGAUCGGCUGAGCGGAUCGUUCAAGAAGAGUGUGGAGAAGAUCAAAACGAAAAACAAACGGGUGGACAUUGUGUUCCUGAUCGACGCUAGCUCGAGCGUGGGCCGGCAGAACUUUGCGAGUGAGAUCAAAUUUGUGAAGAAGCUGCUGUCGGAUUUUAACGUUAGCUACAACUACACAAGGGUUGCGGUGGUUACGUUUAGCUCGCAGAAAAAAAUUUUUCGCCACAUUGACCAAAUCUCGCAAUCGGUUGAGGACAACGACAAGUGCUUGUUGCUCAACUACCAGGUCCCACGGAUCGCCUUUUCCGGCGGAGGAACGUACACGUACGGCGCGCUCAAAGAAGCCGAAGAAAUCUUCAAAAAUGCUCGCCUGGAUAGUAAAAAAAUCAUCUUUCUCAUCACGGAUGGAUUUUCGAACGGGCGCGAUCCGAUUCCGCUGGCGGGCCGCCUCAAAAAGGACAACAACGUUGUGAUUUACUCGAUUGGCAUUCAAAGUGGCAACUACGCCGAGUUGCAUGCCAUUGCCAGUGCCCCCGAGGGUGACCAUUGCUACCUGUUGGACAGUUUUGACCACUUUGAGACGCUGGCGCGGAAAGCCCUGCACAGCGAUUACAAAACGGGUGAGAGCAUCUUUGUCAAUGCAAGCCUGUGCGAUGUGCUGUGCAUGGACGAUCAGGAAUUCUUGGAUGGCGAGUGUUGCGAUCCCAACGCCACGUGCAGCUGUAGCACUACGGGUCACUACUCGUGCAUUUGCAGGUCUGGAUUUUCUGGUUCCGGUCUUCGGGGAGCCUGCCAUCCGUGUCCAAAUGGUACGUUCUGGAACGGUCCAAACCAGUGCACAAAUUGUCCCGAUGCAAACCACAUCACGGUGGACGUUCCGGCGAUGAACUCGAGCGCUUGCAUCUGCAAAACCGGAUACAAGGCCGACGAAAGUGGGCUUUGUGAGGUGAUUACGUGUCCCGAGUUGACUCCCCCGGAGAAUGGUUACUUCGUGAAACAUCCGAGCGGGUGUGGGCAAGUGCUGCACGCGGCAUGUGGGACCAGGUGUCAGUCUGGGUACCAGCUGGUCGGGGACAGCAUCCGUUUGUGCCAGGAAAACGGAGAAUGGUCUGGGAAUGAUCCGAAGUGUGUUUUAAAAACAUGCCCUGCUUUGAAAAUACCUUAUUAUGGACUGGCAGUGUGCAAAAAUCCGGAUCUUAAUUUGUUCUUCGAUUACUCUCCAAGGAACAAGUCAUUUCUGAUGAACUACAGUGUUUCGGUGGAUCGUGCCACUGAACCGAUGCCGAUCGAUACGGACUGCACGUUCAAGUGUGGCCACGGGUUCUACCUGGUGGGAUCGAACAGCAGGAACUGUUUACCACUGUCCAAGUGGGAUGGAUUACAAACCUCGUGCAAACAGAUUCUCUGCUCUCCGCUGCCGAAAAUCCCCUUCAGCCAGUACGAUCCAACGGAUUGUGCGGAGCAAAAGUCCGCCCACGGGUCCAACUGCACCCUGGUUUGCAACUUUGGGUUCGAGUUGAAGGGCGGACCAUCCACUAAAUCCUGUGCAGGCAAACGAAAUGGUGUUUGGACCCAGAAGGCCAAAACUCCGCGCUGCAUAGACGUGACGCCGCCACACCUAAUGUGCCCGAACAAUUAUACGCUACCGAUGCACGACGACUUCAACUACGCGAUCGUGAAACGGUUGAACCGGCCGUACGUAUUCGACAACGGAGGAGACAACUUUACGUUUUGGUCCAAGCCAGCGAUCAAGGAGCAGGGAACCAAGCUGUACGCCGGAACUCAUCUGUUCACGUACGUCGCCGUUGAUUCGUUCAAGAACAAAGCCAAGUGUAACUUCAGUGUUGAGAUAGUCGAUAGUACAGCUCCCGUCAUCGAGAACUGCUACGAUCCUCCGAUAUUCUACCUAACGAAUGCAAGCAACGAUAACGAAACGUUUGUAGAAUGGGACGAGCCAAGCGUUUUCGACAACUCCAACGAAAACGUAACCACGACACGAAGUGUUGACUUCGGAUACCUCGAGGCCGGCAACUACAGCGUCGUCUACCGAGCGUCGGACACUUCAGGUAACGUGGCCGAAUGCACGCUGAACGUCACCGUAAAGGAAUCCAAAUGUGACAACCUUCCGUCCCCACCAAACGGUGAAACGAUCUGCGCGAAAAACGCUUCACACACGUGGUGCGAAGUGACCUGCCACUUUGAGCACAGCUUCCACGAUCGGGACGACAGCUCAGUAACGCUGUUCUGCGAUAACCGUAAACCAUCCUGGAAUACGGGCCUGCAGUCGGUUCCGGAGUGCACGGCGAUCGAACGGCCCGUAGCGGUGGAGGAGGUGUUCACCAUCAAUCUGGGAACGGAAGUUUCUUCGCUGUGCGAGGACGCCGAAGCCAAGGACGAGGUUUCGUCCGUGUUCGAGGCAAACCUAAAGGAGCAGCUGUGCGGCGAUCAAGCGGAUUGCGAGAUAACUACGAGCAUACCGGCGUGCGACAGCGUUGAUGAACCCGACGACAAGACGCGAUAUCAGAUCGUCAAAAGAGAAGCUCCUACGGAAGGGCAAACGAAGGGUAGAAGGCAGAACAACAAGCGGGACGAUCGCGCGUCCAUCAAGAUCAACGUGUACACAAAGCUGUCGAAAAGGCUUGGGAUGUGGAAGCAUGACGGGAAGAAGUCAGACAAUAUUAAGAGAGUUAAAGCGGAACUACAAAACAUCAAUAACAACGAGAAGCUGAGAAAGCGCCUUGGCGAACUCAACAUGGACCUCAGCGUGUUGAAGUUGGACGAAACGAUACGCUGCCCACAUGGUAGUGUGGCCAAAAAGCUGACAUGCGUGCAAUGCCCCCGCGGUACCUACCACAACCACACCACCAACGCGUGCGUCUCCUGUCCGAUGGGGACGUACAACGAGAUAACCGGUCAGUCCGACUGCAUCCACUGUCCGCCGUAUCACUCAACGCGGAAGCCCAACAGUAAGCACUCCACCGAGUGUAAGCCCCAGUGUCCGCCCGGGACGAUCGCCAAGCUGAAGCUAAUGAAGAAGGAACGGGCCCAAAAGUACCACAAAAGUUUGAUGCCCUUCUGCCGCCGGUGCGAACCCGGCGAGUACCAAGGCCUGUACAACCGCAUCAGCUGCGACAAGUGUCCGCCGACGCACAUUUCUCCGCGUGGUUCGACCUCCAUUGCGGACUGCGUCCCGAAGGUUCUUCGGCCGUGUUUAGCGGAUCGGAACGCGUGCGGAUCGCACGGUCAAUGCGUUCCGGAUCCUGUCAGUGACUACCUGUACAGUUGUACCUGUGACGAGGGUUUCGCGGGUUCCCAUUGUGAAAAGCAGUUGGAAAUAUGCGCUUCGGCACCGUGCUACAACGCUGGGACUUGUGUGGCGUUGAGCGCUACCUCGGUUCGGUGUAUUUGCCAGCCUCCUUACGGUGGUUCUUACUGUGAACAAUACCUGGAUCCGUGCAGAUCGGACAUAUGUCUAAACGGAGGAACUUGCGUUGAGUCUGGUGGCUAUGCCGUAUGUGAAUGCCAGGGUCCGUACGAAGGAGAUCGUUGCGAGUUGGUGAAGAACUGUUGCUCUCCGAACCCGUGUGAAAAUGGAGGAAUAUGUUCCGUAGUUGAAGAUGGUUACAGCUGCUCAUGUCCACCCGGCCAGAUGGGCAAGCGUUGCCACUUGAAACCUUGCGAUUACGUACCCUGUCCCGAAGCAGCUAUCUGCGUCAAUGUUCGCCAAGCUAUCACACUCGCCACUCACUUCACAUGUGUUUGUCCCAAAGGGUUAAAGGGUGUCAACUGCACCGAGAUAGACAAUCCCUGCGAUCGGAAUCCUUGCAGGAACAAUGGACGAUGCACGCCGGUAAAGUUACGUGAGAUGAACUCGAGAAUCAGUGCACAUAGCGACUUGGAAGGUGACGAGCUGUACACGAAGGUUCGCUGCGAGUGUGCACCCUACUUCUACGGUGCAUUCUGUGAGACGUUGACAACGCCAGACUUUGUCAUGUCCUUCGAAAAAUCCGGAACCAACGACUACAUCAAGGUAGCAGGACCCAAGCGCAACCUCACGGAGAUCUCACUUUGCACGUGGAUCGAGACAAAAGAUGACUUCAACUACGGGACGGUAGUAUCUUACGCUACUCCCAAGACCGACAACGCCUUCACCUUCACCGAUUACAGCGGAUUUGCUUUGUACGUAUCGGGAGAUCACGUGGUUACGAACGCUUACAUAAACGAUGGAUCGUGGCACUUUGUUUGUCUCACUUGGACCAGCCACAAGGGAGUGUACGAGAUCUACCUGGAUGGCGAGCUGCAUACGACAGGACAUGAUCUGAGCGCCGGUAAGGUCAUUGAAGCCAACGGAUUGUUCGUGAUCGGACAGGAACAGGAUUCUCUAGGAGGAAGCUUCAGCGAAUCGGAAUCAUUCGUGGGGAAGUUGGCGUACUUCGAUCUCUGGAGUCGAUCGCUCGCCGGAUACGAGGUAAAAGAACUGUACUACAGCUGUGAACCCUACCAGGGUGAUCUCAUCCAGUGGACUGACUUGAAGUCGAAGGUUGUGGGAUCGGUGAAGGUGCACAAAUCUGAAUUUUGCCGUGCCUGCGAGAGAAAUUUGACUCUGCAGAACGGAUUCGUGAACUACUACGAAAACCGGGCGUACUUUAGCUGUGACGAGGGUUACAAGCUGCACGGACCGUCUGAAACGGUAUGCUUGCGGACUUCCAAGUGGAGCGAUGCCAACAGCUUUUGCAAGUUAAUCCGAUGUGGUUCACUGAGCUCGAUUCUCAACGGCAAGGUGAUCAUCUCCAAGUCAAGCUACAACGGGGUUGCGAGGUUCGUGUGCGACGACGGUUUCUAUCUAUUGGGAGAUCAAACGACCCGCUGUACGAUACACGGUAAUUGGUCCAGUCCUCCGCCGGAGUGCAUAAGUAUAGUGAAAUGUCCUGCUUUGACGGCAACCGAAGGUUCGAUGCUAAUCUACGCUUCGGAGCGAGGAGUUUUGAAUCAGGUGUACGAGAACUACGCAGUGGGUACGCUGGUCGAGGUCAGGUGUAACGACGGGUAUUAUCUAGACGGCGAGAAUCUACUAACAUGUUUGGAUACUGGAGUCUGGGAUAUACCGAUUCCUGUCUGCAUGUCAACAGAAGUUGUGUCCAGUAGCACUGAGUUGAGUCCGACAAGCGAACGAACUGGCCCAACGAUCAUCAAGAUCAAUCGUCGACCAGACGUCCGCUUUUGGAAGCAACUGAGAGAUUACUUGUUCUACGGUUGUAGUCCAUUAGAUCCGGAUAAAAAAUCACCUAUCUGCCAACCUUCCGACGAUUCGUACAACAUAUUCACUGAUCUAACUGCGUUCAAAGUACCGGUUUCAGAAGACUAUCAGAACAUGGACGCUAAGCUUCUGCAAUACUUGUCGAAAACAACCAAACCAGACGCCAACUUGAACCCACGGAAUCUUCUAGACUACAUCCUGUACGGGACUAUUGAACCUAUCGACAAAGCGCUCCGACUGCCCAAGCAAAUCGAAGAUUCGUAUCGAUUUGUUAUCUGCCUGUUCAUUGACAUAAUAAUGAUGGAUCGCGAAGUGACCUUCGAUGACGAAGUGCUCCUGGACAUCAACUCACGAGAAAACAUCAACGACAAGAUUAAGAACCUGCUCAAACACGUGGUUCAACCAAUCUACGAAGCUCACCUGCGGGACCAAGAAAACACCCGCCAACAAGAACUGGAGAACCAACGGAACGCCCUAAAGAAGAUUCUCGCCCUGGCCGAAGUGGAACGCAUGCUGGUCCAACGAUGUCGCCUGAGUGCCGUUCCGGAUCCGCCCAUCGACAGCCGUAUCAAGUCGGUGGAAAGCACCGCCCUAGAGCUACGACCGCUGGAUCUGCGCAUCGAAAAGUUCCGGAAGCGCGCGGACACGCUGAACGUCGGGGAUCGCGUGUGGUUCGGGUGCAACGCCGGCUUCACGAUGAAGGGCACCGGAUACACGGAGUGUACGCCGGAAGGCCACUGGAGUUACUUUGAUAGCUUCUGCGAAGGAGUUCUGUGCGAUCAGCCUCCGCUGCUGCCGGGCAUGGAAAUUGCGGCCAGCUCGGUGGAUUCGCGGUACUAUUACGACGACGAGAUCGAGUUCCGCUGCUCGGAGGGGUACGUGAUGCAGGGCCAUCCGAUAAUUAAAUGCUCGAUCGCCGGCAAGUGGUCGCCGAUAGUGGCGAGAUGUACGAAAAUUUCUUGCGGUAAACCAAAGAUAAGCUCCGCUGCUAAAAUAAUAUCGGGAAGUUCCUAUCAGUUUAACGAACAGCUGAAAAUUCUCUGCGCGGACAAGCGUACCGUGGAAACAGUUUGUCAAGCGAACGGAAAGUGGAGCCAGUUUGAAGAAUGUUGAAAGCAUGAUCGAUUAGAUCGAUUAUCCAUAAUAUUUGUAGAUUACUUUUUCAAAAUCAACCAAUGCACUAUGGGUUUCCUAUGUACAAAGGACCUUUUAAAGAAGUAAGUGAGGUUUGAUCUAAAUGAUAAAACAAAAAUAACAGCGAAUUUAGGUCAAAUGAAAAUAUAAAUUACAUUUUGUUCAAAUCACACAUUGUGAACA